AUGCCACCUGAGUUAGCCAAGUCCAUGUCGUUCGGGGGAAUGUCCAGUCGAAGUGGCAGUCGUCACCGUGGCCAGCUCGCAAGCGUGCGAAGCCAAUUGUCGAUUCAACGAAGCUCCAGUGCUCGCAGUGCAAACUCGAAUCGCAGCAAUCGAAGCACCCACAGUUUGCGCGACAGUUGUGGCGUCUCGACGGGCUGCGACAGCAUCAAGGACCUCAAGUUCGAUGCAAUGCUCGAGCCGGACGCAGGGUCGAACCACACGCUCGUGGACAGCGCGUUCCGAGACAAAGGGUACCAAUGGAUCAUCAACCAGGUUGAGCGCAAGACCACUGCCGCCCUCGACGUACACAAAAAGUACUUGGACGACGACGUGCAACAUGACGUCAAGCUCUUCCAUGGCGGGGACGUCGUCGAUGCGGCGCGGAAUCGCAUCGUGCUGACCAACUUGGACGUGUUUGCCAAUUGUUUGUGGGACACUCUGACCGAGUCGGCCGCCACCCCGAUGUGGAGAAUACAGAGACUGGAAGAGGUCGACGCGGCCACGUGCUACACACAAGUGUCUGUGGUCGACGGCAUCAGCCCUGGUCACCCCCUUGUCAUGAAUGUGCUCCUAAGGCUAGUGCGCGUUUCGGUGGAUCGCCAAGUAAUUGUCCUGCGCAGCAUCGCUGAAGACGCCAAGUUCCCGCUCCCGCAUCAGUCGAUUGCGUUCAGUGUCAGUGGAUGGAUCGUGCUGGAUCGCACGUUGACCCCAACGAAGAGGCGGCUCGGGGAUCGCGCCGAGACACAAGCGCCCGACAAAGGUUUUGCCCCCAUGCACGACGACGACCCCGAUCAAGCCGCGGCCAUUUUGGGCGACUGGCUCAUGGAUGCGAUCGGUUGUGGGCCGAUUCGUGUAAUGGAGCCGCCGCCAUUCGCCCCCGCAACUCGGGCGGUGCUGCUGGGCUUUCUCGCCGCAGUACCGCUAGUGAUGUUGCUGGUGGCUCCGUGGACAGAGCUGCUUCCUUUGGGUGUGUUGUACACUCCUCCAGGCCUCGUUGCCGUCGCUGUGCUGCGCUACACUCACUCCAAGAACAAAACGAGCUGUACCAAUCGUGUCGACAUCGAUGCACUCGUCCACUUGUUCCUCGCUGGUUGCUCGAUUGGCGUGAUCGUGGCCAUGCUGAUCGAAAUGGUCUUAACUUUGGUGGCCCAGGGGUGUUUCCUAGUCGUGGACAACCGCGAUGUCCUCGGGCAAAUCGAGCGGUAUCGUGCUGAGCACCCUGGGAACGGCACCUCUGCAGGAGAUAUUCUUGCGCACAUCCGCGUCCGGCACUCGUUCAGCAUCCUCCUCACGCUCUCUUUCAUGGCGUUCAUCGUAGCUGGUACCGUGGAAGAGUCUGUCAAGGCGUGGCUUGUGCUGCGUCGACCUUGCCGACCGUGCUGCUCGACGUACUGCGAUCAUCUCAGCCGCACGUCCGACGUGCCGAUGGAGCCGUCGCUACAAUCCCGUGAUUCAGUCGUCCAGACGUCGCCACGUCAAGUGGUCCUGGGUUUCAUCGUUGUCGGGUGUGGGUUUUCUACGAUGGAAAACGCCUUGUACGCUUUCCUUGCCCCGUCACUCGCCAUGCAACUCUGGACAGCCGCGAUCCGAAGCGCUUUGGCCACCCCGCUGCACAUGAUCUGUGCCUCCCUCACGGGCAUGCAUCUCGUGCUGCAGCUUCGACAAAACCCACCGACCACACGCAGUCGGUGGGACGUCCUUCGCGCCAUUGCCCCGGCCAUGCUCCUUCACGGCGUCUACGAUCUCCAAGCGUUUCUCUUUACAUUUUGGCUCGAAGUUGACGAUGGCAGUGUGAUGUCACUCAGUGCAUCGGUGCUGUGCCUUGUCGUCGGUGGCCUGUACUUGAACUACCUGCGAGGUCGCAUUCAAUGGGAUGACGUGUACCAUGCUGUCCCCAGUGUCGAGGACGCGGCGGACUUUCGUGCCUCGGCUACAACGCUCGUGUAG